CGCAUCAAAACACAGCCAUAUUUAAUUCACAAAGCAUCAAGUACUAAAAUUAACCCUCUUGCAUCUCUGUGAAAUAAAAAUGGCUCCAAAAUCUCUUGCCUUUGUUCUCCUCUCUUUCAAUCUUCUUUUCUUCACAAUGGUGAGCUCCUCCUAUGUUCCAACAGUGCCCUCCACAGGGGCUAACUGUCCCAUUGAUGCCCUUAAGUUAGGUGUUUGUGCCAAAGUGUUGAAUUUGGUGAAUGUUAAGGUCGGAUCACCACCAACACUUCCAUGUUGCAACCUCAUUAAGGGUUUGGCUGAUCUUGAAGUCGCUACUUGCCUUUGCACCGCCAUCAAAGGGAACGUCUUGGGUACCAGACUCAACAUUCCGGUCGCCUUAAGCGUCAUCCUCAACAAUUGUGGCAAGAACAACUCUGGCUUUCAAUGUGCCUAGAAACAAAUCUGCAAUAUGAUCUGUUUCUAGUUUGUUUUGUCUGUCUGUCUAUUAAUAUUCAUUCAAAGGUUUUCAUUUUCUGUACGUUCAUCGUGUUUUUGGAUUACGUUUGUCAUUGGUGCUUGCCAAUGAAUAUAUUGGUUAAUAAAGUUUCUUAAUUGUUUGUUGUGAAA